AUGACUCUUACGUUUGAAUCAUUACCGAAUGAAAUAUGGCUUAGUAUUUUUACUUAUCUACCUUCACGCCAUACUUGGCGAGCUUUUUUUGGUAUUAAUAGACGUUUGAAUCAACUACUGACUUCUGAUCUUAUUCGUCAUACUAUCGACUUGAAAGAUAUAUCUUAUUCUGAAAUAGUUGAACUACUUGACGAACGUGAUAAUAAUAAUUCACAUGAUCAUCGAUGGCAAGCAGAAUUUGUUUCUCAUGCUCACGCGAUUUGUCUUGAAAAUAAAUUUGAUUAUGAGAUACUAAUCGAUCGAUGGAUAGCUACAAAGACAAAUUGGAAAUUAUCAUCUCUACGAAUUAUUUAUAUUUUACCAGAAGCUAUAACAAGCAUUUAUUCAUUACUUCGAGAACUUAAAUUUACAAUAUUUCUCGAAUCACAACUUCAUUAUCUUCAUCUUGUUUUUGACGAUCCAUGUUACACUUAUCAUUCUAUUUUGUCAGAAAUCGUUGAAAAACGUAUUUCAUAUCCAAUUAUGAUACUUGAAGUAACAAGAGGACAUCAAUAUCAACGUUGGGAACGUAGAGAAGACUUGUACAAUAUAAAACAUCCGCUGCAUUGGAUACACACUGUACGCUUGACUCUUAGUUUACAACAUUCAUCUGAACUUAUUCUUCUCUUCAUGCCUGCAGCUUUACCAUUGCUUGAACAUUUAAAUGUAACUAUCGAACAGCCACGAAAGGAUUUAAUAUCUAAAAGAGGUCAAUCAACAGAACGUUUUGAAUUGUGCGAAAAAGAUCUCCGUUGUACAACUGCUACUGGUACAAAACUUCGAUCAUUUGUCUUACGGCAAAUAGAACUCGAUGAUCUUUUGAUUUUAUUCAAUACACUCAGCUUUCCUCUGCUUCACACACUCACAUUGGUUGAUAUACAUGAUAAAUCUUUAGAUAAUUUGCUAGCUUUUCAACAAUCGGUUAGUCCUACAAAUUUACCUUCUCUUAAACACGAUCAAUUUCAAUUUUUGCUUCGAUUUCCUGCUGAGUACGAGCAUGAAUGGAUUCAUAGAUAUCAUAAUAAUGGAUGGCCAUUUGAUAAUGUUAGUUUUCAUGUAGAUGAACAUCUUGUGGAACAGCUCAGUUAUUCCUCUCCGUUAGAUAUUAUUGAAGCUGUAUUUAUUGUCUACUCUGUUCCUUCUGAUAUAUUGAAACAUAUGCGCACUGUACACAAUUAUGAACUUUUUACUCGUCAUUCAACGAUAAUUCGAAAAGACUUUGUUUGUCAAAACAUGGAAUGGCUAUGCAAGUGGACAAACAAUGAAAUCCAGUUAAUUACAAGUCUUAAAACAAUGAGAAACAUCGAGGCGCUUCGUUGUUUUUGUGUCGGAAUAAAUAAUCAACCAGAAAUUUUCAUAACUCCAACACACGCUAAUUUAUGCCAUCAUCUUCGUUCGUUGACGUUUCGAUUCAAGCAGCAUGUUUCCUACCAGAGUUCAACGCACUAUUCACCAUUGCAAAUAAUUCUGGACGUAUCACCUCAUCUGUCCUAUCUCAAUGUGAGAUGGAGAGAUCUUUCUCACUGUUCUGGUAGGUAUCCAAUGAUCACACAUGUUCAUCUCACCAUUUAUGGAUGGGAACGUAGAGAUUUUUCUGCAAGUCGAUUAAGUAUACUCAUACCUAAAGUGCAUUAUCUCGCUAUUGGUGGGGAACAUUUGAUAAGAGAAAAACAAAUGGUCGAUUUUGUAUUGGAAUUGCUGAUCGAUAAGGCUCAUUUUCGUGAAUUAAUACUACUACAAAUAAAUAAAAAUGAUAAUGCCAGACUUAAACCCCAUGUAAAAGCAAAUACUAAACAAGCAAUUAUAGAAAAGAUCGAUCGCCUACAAGACUCAACUAUGACUCAAAUUGAAUUUUCUUACCACAACCAGCUGAGUAUUUGGCUUUGCUAA